GUGACAUUUGUCAUAAUCGUGAUUAUCACAGUCAAGUCGACAUUCUUCGCACACACGACAGCGUGGAACUUGUUUCAAAAUGGAGGACCCGAUGUCAACGCCAAUAAAUACAGUAUCGAGGGAAAACCUCACAGUUUUAAUAGCUAAUAACAUGUUGAAUAAUUCAUUGGAGUUCAACUCCGAUUGUGAUUCGAUGGAGACAGAUUCACCAAUAAGAAAACCGAGCGGGCAACCAAUCAGCAAAAAGCUAUUCCAUUCACCGAUGGCUGAGAGCCCUAACGAACCCACAUUCACUUGGAACGCGGACCGGAGCAGAAAGGCGAAAAAGCGAAAACAAACACUCAUACCCGAUAACACGGAGAGGAUCAAAAGAGCGUAUGUGAAGGAGUGCGACAAGGACGGCUACAGCCCCGACGCACGGGGGGGAAUGAGAAAGAAAGUUUUAAUCAGCCUCUUCCACAACAAGGAGUAUUCUAUGGAUUUAAACAGUUGAAUUUAAAAUUAGAAGCUUUUGUUUAACGUAUAUUGGCAAUCUAGCGUAUUGUUAGUGGGCGGGCAUGUUAAAUAUUUGCGCGGUUUAUUGGUAAACCGAUAUUUUGAUAAGGGUCACAGUAAUUAAUGAAAUACCCUGAAGCCGGUGUGGGCCGGCCACUGUUCAUAUUACGGGACAUAGUUUAAGCUAGUGCGGCUUUAUGGUGCCUCGUGUGUCGAGACCUUACGUCUCAUGGGCUUUAAGUAAUACGAGACUGAAUUAAUAUUAAUUGCUCGAUUAGAUUUAGUCAAUCAUUGUUCUUCCAGUAAUUUAAGGACACACAUAUCGUAGGUAAUAAGUAAUUGGUAACAUUAUGUUUCAUUAUUAAAAUUAAAUAUUGAAUAAGGUUUUUUUGUAAGUAGAUUUAAGUAGCAUAAUGCAUGUGGAAAUAUUAUUAUUUUGAUAAGAAUUUAAUGAAAUGUGCCAUCAUAUCAAUUUACUGAAUGUAAUAACGAAUUUAUUAGUUCAAUAUAAUAUUAUUAAGUGAAA